AUGAAUUUGUAUAACAAUUACAAUAUUAACGAUGGUGUAACCGGCAGCAACAUCGAUAAUAACAACAGCAAUGAUAAGGAUAGUAUUGAAUUUACCACAGUUGCUGCGGUGACCAGUUCACCGCGACCAUCAUGUUCUAGUAUCAGUGUCAUGGUUGAAGGGGGUUUGAAAUGGAAAACAAGUGUGGUACCUGUUGGUGCCACUUCCACGUUACCCAGACGUGAUUUUCACUUCAAGCGCAUUGAAGUUGAAGAAGCGCCGAAAUGGUUUGUUUGGCCGAAACGUAACAAAGUGAGUAAAUCAUCAGAGAAUGAUAUGAUUGAUGCAGUCUCAGCAGUUUCACAUUAUAUAAUGAAGUUGGCAAAUGCUAUUAACAAUCGACAGCAAAACUUGGUGUGGCGACAUAAUUUAAGUCGCAUGACAUUGCUUCAAUCUGAAAGUAAUAAUACACUGACAAUAAAAUCAGAUAUCGACAGCGCCACGUGCUGUGAUCGGAAUACAGAACUUACUAAUAUAUCCAAUUCAGAACCAAGUUCUUAUAUUAUGCGUUGCCGUAUUGCAACCAAAGUUGAUAGUGAAUAUCGUAUUUCAGGAUCUGUUCCAAACACCUCACAAACGUUUAAAAUUUUGUUAGUUUCGAAAAAAACUUUAGAAAGCGGUGACGAUGACGACUUAGAUCUCGCAAAUUCUGUCAUUUUGAAUUCGAUGGUUACAUUCCCACCAACAUGCAAUACUUUCGUCUUAACCAAUAACAGCUGCUGA